UUAUAAAUUUACUACCAUGGCCUGUCUAUGGCAUAUUUGCUACAAUCGCGCUAUUGUAUUGGUACUUUACGAGAAACUUUAAUUACUUUACUAAGCGUGGUAUCUGUGGACCCAAACCAAUGGUGGGCAUUGGGAACCUUUGGGAGUUGAUGUUCACACCCGUGGCUGAGCUCGAAAUAAAGCGCUUCAAGAAAUACGGCAAACUUUAUGGUGUUUUUGAGGGCAACCGACCGGUGCUCAAAGUGGGCGAUCCGGCGCUCGUCAAAGAGAUCCUUCAGCGCGAGUCCGAUGUGUUUCCGACCCGACGGGACGUCUCUAACGCCAAACACCCGAUUGUGGACCUCAUUAUAGGCAAGAGGGGUGACGAGUGGCGCCGAAUGCGGUCCACCGCUAGUCCCAAAACUACCGGCCAAUUGCGAGCGUUAUAUCCAUUAAUUCGGCAAUCGUUGGCCGAGCUGUUGACCAGUAUAACAGCACACGUGACUCAUAACAAGGGUAACUCUCUGGACAUAAAUGACUGGUUUGAGCGCUACGCUAUAGACGUGUUGGCCCGCACUCUGUUUGACACAAACACCAACGCCUACACCGACCCAAACGACCCGUUUCUGGUGAACGCGCGCCGAGUGUAUCGGCCACCGCUUUGGAAGAUUGUGGUCACUCUACUUGUGCCCACUCGAGCGCUAAACGCGUUGAACAUUAAGACAGAGACCAACGACAGAGCCGUCGACUUCUUCUACGAAAUAUCGCAAAAUCUAUUGAAACGCCGAAAAGAGGACAACAAGAGUGUGUCCUCUGGACUGAAGAGCACCGGACAUGAGUUGCUGUCCGACAAUGAGUUGAUUUCACAGUUAUUCGCGUCACUCAACGGCGGCUUCGCUUCGGUCGCCUCUGCGCUGGCCUUUUGCUGCCACGAGUUGGCACUCAAUGCGGACAUUCAGGACCGACUGCACCGGGAAGUGACCGAUGGUCUGCCGCCGAUAGACGCCGACGGCGACCACAACAACUACGAUCUGGUGUUGAAAUUGCCAUUUCUGGACGCAGUGGUGGCCGAGACUAUGCGACUGCACGGCCCGUCUCUGCGCCCCUCGCGGGUCACCGGCAAAGACUAUCGGUUGGCCGACACCGGACUCACACUCGAGAGGGGACUCAUUGUGGAGAUCUCUGCCUACGCUAUGCAACGGUCGGACGAGUUGUUCCCAUUGGCCGACCAAUUCAUUCCCGACAGGUUUGCGGCCGACAAUCGGCACCAAAUCUUGCCCUUCACUUACAACCCGUAUGGGACGGGACCGCGCGGUUGUGUGGGCCAGACAUUUGCCCAACUGGUCAUGAAGUCGGCCAUUGCUUAUCUGGUCCGCCGGUUUCGGUUCUCGAUGUGCGCCGACACUCAACUCCCGGUUCCGCUCACGAAAUACAUUCGCAUACAAUUGGCCGAAACCGUAUACCUGGCCGUUGAGCCCCGCGACUAA